AUGUACCGCACCGCCCUCGCCCAACUCCACAUCGCCGCCAAAUACAGCAAAUGGGAAAACCUCUACAGUCCGCCCACAACGCCAACCCCACGAAAGCCAAAACACAUGAGAUUUCCCUCCUCUACAACAACCACGUCGCAGUCGAUGAUCUCGCGCCCUAUCAGAGCGUGUAAGCUGCGCGUGAUUAGGGAGAAGGGGAAGAGUAACAGGGGCAGGUGUCUGUUGGUGUUCAAGACUUUCAAGCCCGGCGCGGCGAGGAAUCGAUAUGAGCCGCCGUGUGGUGGGACUCGUUCGCAUGGACGGCGGGCGUCGAAGAGUGAGGUUCAGGGGUGUCAGAUUUGUGGGUUGUUUAUCGACAUGUGGAUUGGAGAUUUGGAAAACCAAGUCCCCAGUUUAUGCACAAGCGCGGAGCAGAGCGAGACAGAAAGCACGUCCUAA